CUGUUAUUUAUUCAGGAGCGGGUAGUCGGCUUUCAUAUACUGUCACCGAACGCCGGCGAAAUUACUCAAGGUUUCGGAAUCGCCCUGAAGUUAGGAGGAACGAAAGCAGAUUUUGAUCGUCUAAUUGGUAUCCACCCGACAGUCGCUGAGUGCUUCACAACACUAUUCCAAGUGAAGGUGCCUGGUGGCGAUCCAUUGAAAGCUACGGGUUGCUGA